ACACACACACAUCCUUAUAAAUUCCCACAACCCUUUUCUUUCUCUCUCACAUCAUUACCAUCACCAUCAACACACACAACCUUAACCUCAUCAAACUCAAACAAACCAUGGACAACAUCGGAUCUCUCGAUUCCAGUAAACCCACCAACAACGAUGUCGGCAAUGUCCCCAACGGCACCUCUUCAUCCGUCAAGAACUCCGUCCCCGCCACUGCCCUCACCUCCAACGAGGCCACCCUCGGCCGCCACCUCGCGCGCCGCCUUGUGCAGGUUGGCGUCACAGACGUUUUCACCGUCCCCGGUGACUUUAACCUCACCCUCCUCGACCACCUCAUCGCGGAGCCCAAACUCACCAACGUCGGAUGUUGCAACGAACUCAAUGCCGGGUACGCCGCUGAUGGUUACGCACGGUGCCGCGGCGUUGGCGCGUGCGUUGUGACGUUCACUGUGGGCGGGCUGAGUGUGAUCAACGCAAUCGCCGGCGCGUACAGUGAGAACCUUCCGGUGAUUUGCAUCGUGGGUGGACCCAACACUAACGACUUCGGCACGAACAGGAUCUUGCAUCACACCAUUGGGUUGCCGGAUUUCAGCCAGGAACUCCGGUGCUUCCAAACUGUUACCUGCUGCCAGGCUGUGGUGAAUAACAUAGACGAUGCUCAUGAAAUGAUUGAUACUGCAAUCUCAACCUGUUUGAAAGAAAGCAAGCCCGUCUACAUAAGCAUAAGCUGUAACUUGCCUGGCAUUCCUCACCCCACUUUCAGUCGUGAACCUGUUCCAUUUUCUCUUUCACCCAGAUUGAGUAACAAGCUAGGGUUGGAGGCAGCAGUGGAGGCAGCAGCAGCGUUCCUAAACAAGGCAGUGAAGCCUGUAAUGGUGGGUGGUCCAAAACUGAGGGUGGCUAAGGCAUGUGAUGCUUUUGUUGAGCUUGCUGAUGCAAGUGGGUAUCCAUUUGCUGUGAUGCCAUCAGCCAAAGGACUAGUACCUGAGUACCACCCUCACUUCCUUGGCACAUUCUGGGGAGCUGUGAGCACUGCUUUCUGUGCUGAGAUUGUGGAAUCUGCAGAUGCAUACUUGUUUGCUGGCCCCAUUUUCAAUGACUACAGCUCCGUAGGGUACUCUCUCCUUCUCAAGAAGGAAAAGGCCAUCAUUGUGCAGCCUGACCGGGUUGUGAUCUCAAAUGGACCUGCAUUUGGGUGUAUCCUCAUGAAGGACUUCCUCACAGAACUUGGAAAGCGUCUUCAGCAUAACAACACUGCAUACGAAAACUAUGCCAGGAUAUUUGUCCCUGAUGGAAAGCCUCUGAAGGCUGAACCAGGAGAGCCUUUGAGGGUUAAUAUUCUGUUUAAGCAUGUUCAACAAAUGCUGUCUGGUGAUACUGCUGUGAUUGCUGAGACAGGGGACUCCUGGUUUAACUGCCAAAAGCUCAAGUUGCCUAAAGGAUGUGGGUACGAGUUCCAAAUGCAAUAUGGUUCAAUCGGAUGGUCUGUUGGUGCAACUCUUGGUUAUGCUCAGGCUGUUCGUCCAAAGCGUGUGAUUUCUUGCAUUGGUGAUGGAAGCUUUCAGGUGACAGUUCAGGAUAUCUCCACAAUGAUACGAAAUGAGCAGAAUCCCAUCAUCUUCCUGAUAAACAAUGGUGGAUACACCAUUGAAGUUGAAAUUCAUGAUGGGCCAUACAAUGUGAUUAAGAACUGGAACUACACUGCCUUGGUUGAUGCAAUCCACAAUGGUGACGGGAAAUGCUGGACCACUAAGGUCAAUUGUGAGGAGGAACUUGUUGGAGCAAUUCAGACAGCAACAGGAGAGAAGAAAGAUUGCUUAUGCUUCGUUGAGGUGAUUGUUCAUAAGGAUGAUACCAGCAAAGAAUUGCUUGAGUGGGGCUCUAGGGUCUGUGCUGCAAAUAGUCGUCCACCUAAUCCUCAGUGAAUUUCCUACCAUGAGCCAUUACAAAGUUGAUGGAAUCAAUAUUGGAGUUUCGCUUUAUCUAAGUUGAGAUUAUGCUUAUGUACGAGAGAAAUUUUCCUUUGCCUGUGCUUUUGCAUUUAAUGUUUAAGCGUGGUGCAUUUUAUGGAAAUUUGUUCUUCGGGGACAAAAAUUAAUCUUUCACAUUUUUUUUUUUUUUAUAAAUUGAUGCUUCUGUAUUAGUUUGGUGUUUAAGUGCACCUUUUUAUGGAGAUUAAUUGAGUUCGAAAAAUUUAUUACUU